AUGUCACUUGUUAAUAUUCUUAAUAUUGUUCGAAGUCUCGACCAAGAGCCUGAUCAAUUAAGUGAGGAUGAGGAGGCUAAUUUAUUCAUAUAUCUCACCGGCAAUGAUAAUAUAUUAGUUGAGGUGGAAAACUUAUGUAAUCUCUGGCAAACAAAUAGCGCUAAGCUUAAAUACUUGAGAGGUCUAUCGAAGAAGUCCGCUCCGGCUUCCGUGGAGAAUCUCGCAGAUGACUUUGGAAGAAUGAGCGUGUCUGCUUCUUCUGACACCACGCGUAUAUCUGAAAUUAAGGAAAAGAAAGGCCUCCAUAGAGAAUCAGUACGAGAGGUUAAGGAUUCCCGAAUUUUUUUCGAUUUGUAUUUAAAAAUCUCCAAUGCUGAGGAGCGAAAUGAAAAUGCGUAUCACGAAGUGUUGAGGUGUUACUACUUCCUAGGAGAGGAACUAGAGAAGCGUCUUGAACACUAUAAACAAACCAUGGAAGAGCACGAAGCUCAGAAGAAGGUCAAUGAUGAGGUCAGAGACCAGCUACCAAAAGAGGUUACCAAAAAUGCUCUCCGAAAGAAAACGGAAAGAGCCAGAAAGGUUUAUGAUCUCUUUUUUCGCAUUAGUGAUGAUAAAAAUCAAUGGGUGGUAUUUAUCCAACGAAUAAAAACGUUUACGGCGAAUUCUAUUUCAAGUUUAAGUUCGGAUAAUAUCAAAUAUGUAGCAUCUCAGGUUAGGAAGAAUACUAGACAAAUUUAA